AUGCACCGCUUCAUUUACGAUUUGUCAUUUAAAUCAACUACAGUCCAAGGCAUGGCGACUGCUGCUCUCAGGGAGAUAGGGAUUUUCGAGGACUUGGACAGUGUCAUCGCACAGGUAUCCGUCGGGGAGCAGCAACCGAAGGAUGUUAUUGAUUCAGAAAAUGAUGAUUAUUUAAAACUUAAAAAAUUGGAAAACGAACUCGACCACCUACAAGUGAUGGAGGAUUAUGUGAAAUUAGAAACAAGGAACCUGGAGAAAGAACUUCUUCACGCCCAAGAAGAGGUCAAACGGAUCCAGUCCGUUCCACUCGUUAUCGGGCAAUUCUUGGAAGCAGUUGAUCAGGACCAUGCCAUUGUUGGCAGCACGACAGGUUCGAACUACUACGUUCGUGUAUUAUCAAUCCUCGAUCGCGAGCUGUUAAAACCUGGUUGUUCUGUGGCUCUACACAAGUACUCGAAUGCACUAGUGGAUGUGUUACCACCGGAAGCUGAUAGCUCUAUACAAAUGCUUCGUCCUGAUGAGAAACCGGAUGUUUCCUAUGCAGAUAUCGGUGGACUCGAUAUGCAAAAACAGGAAGUCCGAGAAGCCGUUGAGCUGCCGCUUACUCAUGGAGAGCUUUACAAGCAGAUCGGCAUUGAUCCUCCUCGCGGAGUUCUCAUGUAUGGUCCUCCUGGGUGCGGAAAAACAAUGCUUGCUAAGGCUGUCGCAGCCAAUACUGCAGCGUCAUUUAUACGAGUAGUUGGCUCGGAGUUUGUCCAGAAGUACCUUGGAGAAGGCCCUAGAAUGGUGCGCGACGUGUUCCGUCUCGCAAAGGAGAAUUCGCCUUCGAUCAUUUUUAUUGACGAAAUCGAUGCGAUUGCAACGAAAAGAUUUGAUGCCCAAACAGGAGCCGAUAGAGAGGUCCAACGUAUUCUUCUUGAACUCUUAAAUCAGAUGGACGGAUUUGAUCAGAGCACUAAUGUGAAGGUAAUAAUGGCGACUAACAGGCACGACACGUUGGACCCUGCUCUUCUCCGACCUGGUCGAUUGGACAGAAAAAUAGAGUUUCCUCUGCCUGACAGGCGUCAGAAACGUCUGGUUUUCACAACAAUCACAUCCAAAAUGAAUCUCUCGGACGACGUGGAUCUCGAGGACUAUGUAGCACGACCUGAUAAAAUUUCUGGUGCCGACAUCAAUGCAAUCUGCCAAGAGGCUGGCAUGCACGCUGUCAGGGAGAAUCGUUACGUAGUGCUUACAAAGGACUUCGAGAAGGCGUACAAAAAUGUGAUCAAGAAAGAUCAAAAUGACUUCGAAUUCUAUAAGUAG